AUGGCUCUCCGCAGCAUCACUGUGCGUUCGCUCCGUGCGAUGCCUGGACUCGUAGGUGCCGAGCAGCCACAUCGAUUUGUGCUGCGCUCCCUAUCAACAUGGACAAAUACGCCUUGUCUUCGUACGCACCUAGGUGUUGGCGCACCACGUCUUCAUGGCGUUCAAUCCCUUAUCACACGUGCUGCAAACAGCCCAUGGAAAGAAUCGGCUCUAUCGAUGUGCUCACUCAACCAGACGUUCCGCACGUAUUCUGCGCCGACAUCGGCACGGGCCAAUAAUGCAGCAGGAUCAGGAUCAGCGUCGGAAGCUGCUGAACCACAGACUGCACCAUUGGACUUGCCACCAACGACGAGCAAUGCCGUCGCAUACCACUUGCUUCUAUCAGCUGCACUGGUGUUUCUCAUUAUCAUUGUGGGUGGCAUCACGCGCCUGACCGAGUCAGGCUUGUCCAUCACCGAGUGGAACCCUGGUCUCAAGGGGAUGCGUCUUCCUCAGUCGGAAGCCGAGUGGAACGAAGAGUGGGACAAGUACAAGCAAUCACCUGAAUUCAAGAUGCUUAAUGCAAACAUGACAAUGCAGGAGUUCAAGACGAUCUUCCUGUGGGAAUGGUCGCAUCGCAUUCUCGGCCGCUUUAUCGGAGUCUUUUUCGUGGUGCCAGCUGCCUUGUUCUGUCUGCGACGCGGCAUGACGACACCAGACACGCGGAAGAAAUUACUGGCUAUUGCAGCAGGUAUUGGAUUCCAGGGCUUCCUUGGCUGGUACAUGGUGGCAAGUGGCCUGAAGAAUCCGUACGAGAACGAGCCAUCGUCCUCGUUCCCACGCCCUGACUGGACACCUCGUGUGGAUCACUUCCGCCUGGCUGCGCAUCUCGGCACUGCAUUUGCCGUGUACAUGGGCAUGGUUUACACGGCAGUGUCGAUUCUGCGUGACAAUGCAUUGGUCAAAAACCUGAAGAAGACGCCCGAACAGGCGACCGAUCUACUCACAUCAUUCGUGCACUCGCUUCAGAAUCCUAAGGCACGGACAUUCCGCCGUGUAGGCCUUGGUAUGCUCGUCUUAGCAUGCACGACAGCGAUAUAUGGCGCUUUUGUCGCCGGUUUGGAUGCUGGCUUGCUGUAUAGUGAGUUCCCAUUCAUGGGUGGUUACCGUCUUUUGCCCCCUAAGGAUGAACUGCUUGAUCCUCGCUACGCGUUCCGCAUGAAUGCAAAUACUGAGCCCGAUUCGUCUCGCUUCGUACUGGGCAAUAUGACCCAAAACCCUGUCACCGUGCAGGCAAUGCACCGUUACCUGGGCAUGACGACUUUCGCUGCUAUGUUUGUCUUUCUCGCAUAUGCGAAGCGGCUCAAAGCUCAUCUGCCACGUGCAGCUCCGCGCUUUGCUACCGGUGCCGCUCACAUGUCCGCUCUGCAAGCGCUAUUAGGCAUUUUCACGCUGGUGUACAUGGUACCUGUGCCCCUUGCUUCUUUACAUCAAGCUGGCUCCGUCGUCCUGCUAACAAUGCUCACGUGUGUGAUGGCUGUGACGAAGAAGCCGAGUAAGGCAAUUCAAUUGCUGGCCCAGACGAGACGUGCGUCUCAAAAGAUGGGUUCACAUCCAUGA